CUAAUCAUCUUCCAUUUCUCUCUUCUUUACCACCACUAUUCAUGACGUUUCAAGCAACCUCUUCAAUGGCUCCUUCGUCUCCGGUGGCCAUACAACGAUCACCUUGGCAUUCGCCAGUCCCCUACCUGUUUGGCGGCCUUGCUGCCAUGCUGGCUCUCAUUGCUUUUGCCCUCUUGAUCCUCGCUUGCUCCUACUGGAAGCUCACCGCCCAAGAACGGAGAGACCUUGAGGCCGGAAACGGUGACGGAGAAGCCGGAGAAGGAGACUCCAAACCCGAUAAUCAGAAGGAGCCCCCUGUUUUUGAAGAGAAGUAUCUCGUGAUCAUGGCCGGACAAGCGAAACCCACGUUCUUGGCAACGCCUAUUUCAAGCAGGGCGUCGUCGUUUGGUAGUUGUAGUUGCCGGAGCAACUCGACGGCGUCGACAGAGACAUCGUCGAUGCCGGAAGAGGAAAAACAGGGGAGUUUCGAUCAGGUACAAGUAAGGACCAGGGAAAACCAGGAGACCUCGCAUCAGCUACCUUAGUUUUGCUUUUAGAAAUUUUAUUGAUUUUCCUUAAAGUCAUCAAGGCUGAGUGCUGGUGAUUGCGGUUGCUUAGUAGAUAGUGUAAGGGCUCUUGUAGAUGAUCACUCACAGGGCACCAUCUCAACUUUUUUGAGAAUCAAAGGAAUUUUCCAAAUUUCCACCU